UAAUCUCUUUCAGCUGGAGCGGGUUCACUUCGUUUCUCUCCUGAGAGGAGGCCAACAGGAACUGACCCCAGGUUGCCAUGAGCUCUGUCAUCACCAGCUGUGAGCACCCCGAACCUUUGCAGAGGGAUGAUGUGCUCAACUGUCACAAUGAUGGCCAAGGCAGGAGGAAGCCUGGGCGGGCCGGGAGCUCCAGCAGCAGCCCACUGAUCUACAGCAUUCUGGAUGUCCCACCGUGGUACCUCUGCAUCCUCAUGGGGAUCCAGCACUUCCUCACAGCCCUGGGGGGGCUCGUGGCCGUGCCACUCAUCCUGGCCAAGGACCUGUGCCUGCAGCAUGACCCCCUGACUCAGAGCUACCUCAUCAGCACCAUUUUCUUCGUCUCCGGCCUCUGCACUCUCCUGCAAGUGUUUUUAGGAGUCAGGCUGCCCAUUCUCCAGGGAGGGACGUUUGCUUUUGUGGCACCCUCCCUGGCCAUGCUCUCCCUGCCUGCUUGGAAGUGCCCUGAGUGGACAUUCAAUGCCAGUCUGGUGAACACCAGCUCUCCUGAGUUCACUGAGGAAUGGCAGAAGAGGAUCCGAGAGUUGCAGGGCGCUAUCAUGGUCGCUUCCUGUGUCCAGAUGCUAGUGGGAUUCUCAGGCCUCAUUGGGUUUCUCAUGCGCUUCAUUGGCCCCUUGACCAUCGCUCCAACUAUCUCCUUGGUGGCCUUGCCUCUCUUCGAUUCUGCAGGCAAUAACGCUGGAAUCCACUGGGGGAUUGCCGCCAUGACCAUCUUCCUCAUCGUACUGUUUUCUCAGUACCUGAAAAAUGUCGCCGUGCCCGUGCCAGUUUAUGGAGGAAAGAAGAAGUGUCACAUGUCUAAGUUCUACCUGUUUCAGGUCUUCCCGGUGCUGCUGGCGCUUUGCAUCUCGUGGCUUCUCUGCUUCGUGCUCACAGUCACCAACGCCCUUCCUACAGCCCCCACCGCCUAUGGGCACCUGGCCCGCACUGACACCAAAGGCAAUGUGCUGAGCCAGGCUCCUUGGUUUCGCUUCCCUUACCCAGGACAGUGGGGCCUCCCCACCAUCAGCCUGGCUGGGGUCUUUGGGAUCAUUGCGGGGGUAAUCUCCUCGAUGGUGGAGUCAGUAGGCGAUUAUUAUGCCUGUGCCCGGCUUGUGGGGGCCCCACCCCCUCCGAGGCACGCUGUCAACCGUGGCAUCGGCAUUGAGGGUCUUGGCUGUCUUCUGGCGGGGGCCUGGGGUACAGGGAACGGCACCACCUCCUACAGCGAGAACGUUGGGGCGCUGGGCAUCACCAGGGUAGGGAGCAGGAUGGUGAUGGUCGCUGCUGGCUGCUUGCUGCUCCUGAUGGGCGUAUUUGGGAAGAUUGGGGCUGCCUUUGCCACCAUCCCAACCCCUGUGAUCGGAGGCAUGUUCCUCGUGAUGUUUGGGGUCAUCACCGCCGUGGGGAUCUCCAAUCUGCAGUAUGUGGACAUGAACUCAUCCAGGAACCUCUUUAUCUUUGGCUUCUCCAUCUACUGUGGGCUCGCCAUUCCCAGCUGGGUGAAUAACAACUCUGAGAAGCUCCAGACAGGGAUUCUCCAGCUGGAUCAGGUCAUCCAGGUGCUGCUGACCACGGGCAUGUUUGUUGGCGGAUUUCUGGGCUUUCUCCUGGACAACACCAUCCCUGGAAGCCUGGAGGAGAGAGGCCUCCUGGUGUGGAAUCAAAUCCAGGAGGAGUCUGAGGAGACUACGAAGGCCUUGGAGGUGUACCGCCUCCCCUGCGGGAUUGGCACCAAGUCCUGCACAUCCGCCUGCACCCAGUACCUCCCCUUCUGGCCCAGGCUGGAAGCUGGGAAAGGUGAGCGUGGAAUGAACCUGCUCGCCUGCCUCUUCCAGGAUCCCUCAGGAGAGCGCCCGAAGGGUGCCACGGAAACCAAGUUAUGA